AUGCGCGCGCUACUGGAGAGCAGCUGGAUGAGGUUCGGGCCAGCCGGCAGAGGGACGUACGACUGGGUGACGGGCUCCCCUUCGCCCCCCACCUUAGAGAAGCAGCUGCAGGUCGACGGCUGGGAGGAGCUGAACCCAGCUGAGGAGAGGAAGUUUGAUCCAGUGCUGUACGUGGUGCUCCCAGUCCUCUCGGUCCUGGCGCUGGUGCUCCUGCUGGUCCUGGUCCGUCACCGGUGCAGCCGCAGCAAGUUAAGCCUGGCCAACAUCAUCGCCCUCGACCUCCAGGACGCCGAGAGCAGCGCCGAGUUCCUCUCGUCCCUGACCUGUAACGCCGAGCGCCACACCAGCACUAGCUCCGAUGCGUCGGACGGAGUCUUCCUCAUGGUCUACCUGCCACCGCCCUACGAGGAGACCUUGACCAGGAUUACACGUGCUGCCAGCAUCACCAGCUCCAAGGACGUGGAGUCCAUAAAGAUCGAGGACUUAGAGGCUAAGCUGUGCCCAGACUUGAAGUCCAGUGGUCGCUUUGUGUGA